AUGGAUGGAUCAUUUUCAGAGCUUCUCCCAUGGGAUCGGGCCCAAAUCAAGUACUCGCCUCUGAAUUCUCAUCUGCCAUUCAAUGAGGGUGUUGGUGAAGAGCUUUGCAAGACUGAAGAAGAGUUGGAACAGGUUGCACAGCAGAGAAAACUCCGUGCUGCAGAGAGGAUGGUUGAGAUAUCCAAGCAGGCAUAUGAGAGGGAAAGGGCGAAAGCGAAGAAUUCUAAGAAGUCUAAACAGUAUAGCGCAACCACUAGAGCUAGAGCUAAGGAGAGUAAGCGCUUCUACUGCGACAUCUGCGACGUCGCCCUUCAGUCUAAUCCGACAUUGAACAAGCAUCUGGCAUCACAGGCACAUGCCACUCAGGAGGAACUUCGUGCUGGUGGGACUACCGCUCCUCCCUCAAAGGAGACUUUGCACAAGCGGGAUUAUGUGGCAAAGAUAAAGGAAUCCAAAAAGUACUACUGCCCAGUUUGCGACUACAGCAUCCCUCGUGGCUCCACUGCUUUCGAAUUGCUUAUACAUACGAGAGGCCCUACUUCAGAAAGUGCCGCCGCGGACCACGACAUGAUGAUGCCAUCGCCCAGUACCCUUAUCUCCCUUUUCAUUCUCACUCUACGCUUUUCCACAGCCUCCCCCGUCGCCAAUGAAGCUACCGCCCUCCCUCAACUCAUCCCCGGCCCUGGACUCCCCACCCUCGAGUCCCUCAACCUGACAAUGGCCGACCUCCUCGCAAUGGACCUCCCUGACUUCCCAUCCCCAUCUCCCUCCCCAUCCCUCUCCGCAAACCCCAGGUCCCCACUCCAUUGCGCAACCCACCCAGCACGCUUCACCUCUCCCCUAGAAAUCCGCACCUGCUACGGCUACCUCAUCACAGCCGGCACGCGCAUGUGUGGAGUUCCCGCUCGCAAGCCCGAUGAGCUCCUUGUGGGCGUUUUCUGCCAAUAUGGCGACACGCUCAUUGCUGGGAUCAGUUUGACGGGAAAUGCGGAGGCGAGUUAUUGCCGUGAUGUUGCGAAGGCGGUAGCGUCGAUUACGGAGCAGUGUGCACGUCCGCAGGAUGGUUGGGUUGCUGGUUAUAAUACGGCGCAUGGAAACGGAAACCUUGAGGUAGGUGUGGGGAAGGCUUAA